AAUACAAUGUAACUAGCACUGUAAAUGGUUAAUCAUUUUUAGCUACUAUGUUAGACUUCAAGGUUAGGAGUUGAAGCUUCACCACUCACAGACACAGUUGUCUUCUAGAACAUCUCCCACAAUGCAUUGUUGCCUUAAUACAAGUCUGUAUGGAAAGCUUUUGUGUAGAUUCAGGUGGGGGGGUGGACACCCACAUGCAUUUAUUUACUUUGCGGUGCAUCAUGGGAGAUGUAGUCUCUGCUGCCCCCUGUCUAUCCUCUUCUGUGUAGUAUAGAGGCUUGGGACAUACAACCUGGAAGUGAAGUGAAACGCAGCAACAGGAAGUGGAAAGGGCAGAGGAGAAAAAAACAACUUUAAUCUACAGUCACAGAGGAAAAGGAGCUGCACCUCCCUGCAGGGACUCGUCCAGAGAGUUACGUGCCUUCCAAGUAAAAUCAAAGUAAAUCCUAUGUUUUUGACGAUAAGCUUUGUGGACACCAUCUGACAUAUCCGCAAAGGAUGGACAAGACCAAGAAUCACCUCACCAACAGGAUACUGAACCUCACUCUUGAGAUAAUCUUCAUUCUAACUGGAGAGGAUUAUGCAAUAGUAAAGAAGAAAUCCGGAGAAUAUGUUACCCCCAGCAGUUGUCCACGUGAGUCAGAGGGAAGGGGCAGGAACAAGAGCCCCACUAAGGAGCCUUCAACUUCCUCACGCAAACACGACAGCAACAAUGAAGAGAAGAUCCUAGAGCUCACCAACAAGAUCAUUGAGCUCCUGACUGGAGAGGUCCCUUUAAGGUGUGAGGAUGUCACAGUCUAUUUCUCCAUGGAGGAGUGGGAGUAUCUAGAAGGACACAAGAAUCUAUACAAGAAUGUCCUCAUGGAGAAUCAGCAGCCCCUCAAAUCGCUGGAUUUACCAAAAAAUGACACAUCUGAAUAUCAACUGGAUGAUGGUAAGAAAAAAACAGUCUUGUGUGAGGGACCAAACCCCAAAGACACAGAAAUGUCUACACCUACAGACCAUUUACAACAAUAUCCAAUUCUACAUAUUAAAGAAGAACCGGUGUCAUUUGAAGAAGAAGAAGAAGAGGAGGAGGAGGAGGAAAGCCUUCUACAAUCUGAAAUAUAUACACCUUCAGAUCUGAUACGUUAUGAAUCUAUUCAUAUUAAGGAAGAAAUCUGUGAUGAAAGGUACCUCACAGACCCAGAAAUAUAUGCACCUACAGAACAUAUCCAACAAUUUGCAUCUCCUUACAUUAAGGAGGAACCAGUCUGGGAAGGAAAUAAUCUUCUAGAUAUUGACAUUUAUACUUCCAGAGAUCAUCUGCAGUAUGCGCCUACCCUUAUAAAAGAGGAAACUGCUUCAUUGGAUGAAGGAAGGUUCAAAGAUGGCAACCUUUAUAGACCUGUGAAUAGCACAAGGGCACGAUUUGCGGCUAUUAACCAAGUAAACCAUGCCUCAGGCCAGGCGUACUACAUCUUUGAGGAUCAAAAACACCUUAACAACAGCUCAGAGUUCAUAGGGCAUAAAGCUGCUCAAAUUUUUGAAUGUGCCAAAUGUGGGGAUUGUUUUCGAACAAGGUCACUCUUUGAUGUCCAUCAGAGAAUUCAUAAAGGGAUGAAAGUCUAUCCUUGUCAGGAAUGCGGGAAAUGUUUUAGUUGCAGUGCACACCUUACGCUUCAUCAGCGGGUUCAUACCGGAGAGAGACCUUUUUCUUGUUCGGAUUGUGGGAAAUGUUUCAACCGUAAUGCUCACCUCACUGUGCACCGUAGGAUACACACAGGAGAGCGACCAUACUCUUGCAAUGUGUGUGGGAAGAGUUUCAAUUGUAGCGCAAGUCUUAUUGUCCAUCGGAGAAUUCACACGGGAGAGAAACCUUACCCUUGCCUUGAAUGCGGCAAACGUUUUGCCACUAACUCUGACCGUGCAAAACAUCAAAAGGUCCAUACUGGUAUAAAAUCUUUCUCUUGUUUGGACUGCAAGAAGAGUUUCAGCUGCAAGUCUCAUUUAAUAAAACACCAGAAAAUUCACAUUCGGGAGAAGCCUUAUUCAUGUUCAGCUUGCGGGAAACGUUUUGUUCAGAAUGCAUUGUUGACGUUGCAUUUGAAGACUCAUACAAAGCAGUGACUAAAUCGUAUUUCUGCCUGCAAAAAUAUAGAAGUCAUAACCUUCCCUAAGAAUACUUUAAUAAAGCUAAAUUAUUGGGUUAAAACAAAACAAUUUUUUUUAAAUCAACUGGUGCUAGAAAGUUAAACAGAUUUGUAAAUCACUUCUAUUAAAAAAA